UCUGAGCCAUGACGCUGCUCACCCACCUCCUCGCCUGCGCCUUCGGCACGGGCUCCUGGGUGGCCAUCAACGGGCUGUGGGUUGAGCUGCCGCUGCUGGUGACGGUGCUGCCGGAGCAGUGGGACCUGCCCUCCUACAUCACCAUCAUCAUCCAGAUGGCCAACGUGGGGCCACUCUUUGUCACCCUCAUGCACCACUUUCGGCCUGGCGUGCUGAAGGAGGUGGCCGUUAUCUACGUGGUUGUGUCUGUGGGUGUCGUGGCCUGCUUGCUCCUGGCCUUCCUCUGGAACUACACAUCCGUCAUCUCUGGGAGGCUCCACAGCACCGCCUUCCUUGUCCUCACCUUCUUCCUGGCCUUGGUAGACUGCACCUCCUCCGUCACCUUCCUGCCCUUCAUGAUGCAGCUGCAGCCCCAGUACCUGACCACCUUCUUCAUCGGCGAAGGGCUCAGCGGGCUGAUCCCUGCUCUCAUCGCCCUGGGCCAGGGCUCCGGCAUCUCCAGCUGCGUCAACGUCACCAAAGUGGUCAACAUCACCACCGACAGUGAGACCGUGGAGACCACCAUCUCAGUGGUGGAGAACCGCUACCUCCCAGCCAACUUUUCCACCUUCUUCUUCUUCCUCCUCAUGACUGUGAUGAUGCUGACUUGCUUGCUGGCCUUCUUCUUCCUCACCAGGCAGCCCAAGGUGUGGGAGCUCUCCCAGCAGCAGCUAUUUCCCAGCAGCAUCAUACUGAGCUCAUUUGACCAGAUGCCCAGCGAGGGAGCUGGCUCGCAGCUGAGCAGAGCCUGCCCGUGCCCAAAGGAUGCCAAGGGGCACAGGGACAUUCUGCCGCAGAAGAAGGUCUCCUCCUCCCUGGCCAAGCUCUCCAUCUACCUCCUCAUCGCCUGGGUGAGCGCUCUGACAAACGGGGUCCUGCCGUCCGUGCAGUCCUACUCCUGCCUGCCCUACGGCAACGCCGCCUACCACCUUGCAGCCACGCUCAGCUCCAUGGCCAACCCCCUCGCCUGCAUCGUGGCCAUGGUCCUGCCUGGAAGGUCCCUGGCCCUGCUGGGCACCCUCACCAUGGCGGGGAUGGGCUUUGGUGCCUACAACAUGGCCAUCGCGGUGAUGAGCCCCUGCCCGCUCCUCCAGCACUCCCAGUGGGGCGACGCCAUCAUCGUCCUCUCCUGGGUGCUCUUCACCGGGACACUCUCCUACGUGAAGGUGAUGGCCGGGGUGAUCCUGCGGAGCCGCAGCCGCAGCGCGCUGAUGUGGUACGGGGCGGCGGAGCAGCUGGGCUCCCUCCUCGGGGCCCUGCUCAUGUUCCCCCUUGUCAACGUCUACGACUUCUUCAAAUCCGCCGACUACUGCAGCCUGCAGUGCCCGGCGUGA